AUGUUCCCAACACCAACGCUGAUGAUUCGGGACGAUGGCGAUGAUGAUCCUCCGAGAACAGACUGCACGAGUGCGGUGCCGGGACCGAAUGGAGCGGUUCCUUGGGACGCCUGCAAUUCAAAUUACAACUUCCAUCCCGAAUUGACACCUGCGAUUGCAACAGCUUCGAUAUUUGGUGUUCUGACUUUAGUUCAUCUUAUCGAAGCGAUAUGGUACCGAAAGCCUUUCACAUGGACAGUUCUUAUGGCGGCAAGCUGGGAAAUGGGCGCAUUCAUUCUUCACGCAUAUGGCUCGCAAGAUCAACAAGCCCAGGGGUACGCCACAGGCCAUCAGGUGUUAUUCCUGUUGGCUCCUGUAUGGCUCAACGCCUUUGUUUACAUGACAUUUGCGCGAAUGGUUUACUUCUUCCGACCAGGCGGGGAGCCUCGAGUUUGCUACAUUCCAGCAAGAUGGCUCGGGCGCAUCUUCGUCGUUGCCGACAUCGCCACAUUCAUUGUGCAGGCCACGGGAGGUGUCAUGGCUGGCCCAACAGUAGAGCCUAAUACAAGGGCAAAGGGGGUCAAGAUCUACAUCAUCGGCAUGGGUGUUCAAGAGGGCUUCAUUGUGGUUUUCUUGAUGUUGAUGGCUCGCUUCCAUUAUCGUGCUCUACAAAUGAACAGGGAAGAUAUGUACGGACUGGAAGGCGGGUCGUACGACCGCGAGGAUGAAGAAGGCUACAUGCCACGACGGAACUGGAAAGCCCUUCAGUUUGCACUUUAUGCAGCUUUGCUUGCAAUCACGGCCCGGAUCAUCUUCCGUCUCGUCGAGUUUACCGGAGGCAUGACUCCUGAAGAGAACCCAAUACCUUUCACAGAAGCAUACGCAUAUGCCCUAGACGCCUUCCCCAUGAUGUUGGCAUUGCUUAUUCUCGCCAUCAUACAUCCUGGUCGAGUCCUUCAGGGUACGAAUAGCGAGUUCCCCAGGAAAGGAUGCCGACAGAAGCGUAAGGAGAAGAAGGAGAAAAAGGCGGUAAGAAAGGCAGCUAAGGUGGAGCGCAAGGCAGCCAAGGAGGAGAAGAAUCGAAUCAAGAACGACCGGAAAAAGAUGAAGACAUAUGGAGAGAACCACGAGCCCAUGCGAUAUGCAGACUACGCUAGGUACGCAAGAUGA